UUGAUGCGCCUUUUUUUAGCUGAGUUGGCUCAUGCCAAAAUACUGGCGAUUUGUUGCUCAUAAUAUUCAUAUAUAACUUUGGAAAAAAUUGCACCCAAAGUCCGGAUAAAUAACCGGAGAGAAGCGCACCGUCACAUCUCUUAACAUGCCCCGGAGAAAGAGGACUGCAGGUAGCAGCUCGGACGGGACGGAGGACUCGGAUUUCUCCGCCGACCUCGAGCCCACCGAAACCUCCGAGAGCGCGCACAGGCGCAGCAGCACGCGCCUGACUCGCGCGUCACUGCGCCUCAGCCAGAGCUCACAAGAUCACUGCAGCUCAGCACGGAGCAGUUCCCCUCCAGCUGCGGGUCCUGACGAAGGCCUGGAUUCAGCAGCAGAGUCGGCGGCGGCGACAGCAGCAGUGGCAGCAUCCGUCUUCUCCUCCGGGCGCAGGGUGACACGCAGCCAGCAGGGGGCGACAAACGCUGCGGCAAAAAAAUACCCACUGCGCCAGAGCAGGUCGUCGGGCUCAGACACCGAAGCUAAUGACGUGAAGCAGGCGGCGGACCGGGACGAGACCCCCCCUCGCACUCCGACUGGCAACGCCCCCUCCUCGGAGUCAGACAUCGAGGUUUCCAGCCCCAGCAAUGACCUCGUGUCGUCGAGCAACGAUAUCGUAGUUUCCCAAGAGGAGGACGAGAGAUUGGCCAAGGAGCUGUCACUCAAAGAAGCCGCCGCCCACGACCUCUCCCACCGACCCAAACGACGACGCUUCCACGAGAGCUACAACUUCAACAUGAAGUGUCCCACCCCAGGGUGCAACUCACUGGGUCAUCUAACAGGAAGGCAUGAGAGACAUUUCUCCAUAUCAGGAUGUCCUCUCUACCACAAUCUCUCUGCAGAUGAAUGCAAGGGCAAGGCAACGACGCGCGAAAAACAGACCGAGGAAAGGACGCUGUCACACCGCCAGGACGAGAACAGACACUCCACCAGAAACCAGGCUCCGUCGGACCGCCAGCUGCGCUACAAGGAGAAGGUGACGGAGCUGAGGAGGAAGAGGAACUCUGGUCUAAAUAAAGACCAGAAGGAAAAGUACAUGGAGCACCGUCAGAGCCAUGGGGCGAGCAGGGAGCCGCUGCUGGAGAACAUCACCAGCGACUACGACCUCGAGCUGUUCAGGAAAGCGCAGGCACGUGCUUCGGAUGACCUUGAGAAGCUUCGUCUGUCCGGUCAGGUGUCGGAGGGCAGCAACAUGAUAAAGACCAUCGUGUUUGGUCGCUACGAGCUGGACACAUGGUACCACUCUCCGUACCCGGAGGAAUACGCCCGCCUGGGGAGGCUGUACAUGUGCGAGUUUUGCCUUAAAUAUAUGAAGAGCCAGACUAUUCUGCGCAGGCACAUGGCCAAGUGUGUGUGGAAGCAUCCUCCAGGUGACGAGAUCUACAGGAAGGGGAACAUCUCUGUGUUUGAGGUGGACGGGAAAAAGAACAAGAUUUACUGUCAGAACUUGUGUCUGCUGGCGAAACUCUUCCUGGACCACAAGACUUUGUAUUACGACGUGGAACCUUUCCUCUUCUACGUCAUGACCGAAGCAGACAACACGGGCUGCCAUCUGGUCGGAUACUUCUCCAAGGAGAAGAACUCUUUCCUGAACUACAACGUGUCCUGCAUCCUCACCAUGCCGCAGUACAUGAGACAGGGCUACGGCAAGAUGCUUAUAGACUUCAGUUACCUUUUGUCGAAGGUGGAGGAGAAGGUGGGCUCACCUGAGCGGCCCCUGUCUGACCUGGGCCUUAUCAGCUACCGUAGUUACUGGAAGGAGGUGCUGCUGCGCUACCUGAACAACUUUCAGGGGAAGGAGAUCUCCAUAAAAGAGAUCAGUCAGGAGACAGCGGUGAACCCGGUGGAUAUUGUCAGCACACUGCAGUCCCUCCAGAUGCUCAAAUACUGGAAGGGAAAGCACCUGGUUUUAAAGAGACAGGACCUUAUCGACGACUGGAAAGCCAAGGAGACCAAGCGUGGCAACAGCAAGACCAUCGACCCCACAGCCUUAAAAUGGACACCGCCUAAAGGGACGUAGAGGAGCUUCCGUUCACACUCCAAACACACAAAACACACACAGACACACACAGACAGAUCCUCCUCUGCACACUGGCAUGUUCACAGUUCCUGAGCUUAAACCCUCUCUCUCUCACACACACAAACACACUGUCAUAUGAAACGCUUUCAACAGCUACUGCACAUCCAGCCACUCACAGAGUCAGGUGAUACUCCGGGUUCAGCAGUCACUGUCUGAGAAAAUCUACGUGAAUCUAGACCUACGUUUUGUGGGAAAUUUGAGCAAGCUGCAGUCUGAGUUGCCAUCGAGGGAUUAGGAAGGCUUCAUACUGAAAUGAAUACUUGAAAUGAUAACAUAUAUAAGACCAGGACCUAUGAAAAGUAGCUAUGAAUCCAAGAAAAUGCUCAGAAACAUGUGGAAAAAGCUUUAUUGUGGCUACAGAUAUCUUAAAGUUAACGGUAAGAAGGGUUAUUUAGAUAUAGUUGAGACAAUAAGCAAUCUUUUUAAAGACAUAUUUCAUAUUUAUCUUUUUACAACACUGGCUAUAACUCUUUUAAAUUACAGUCAUAUAUUGCAUGGACUUUUCAGAUUAUUCUCCUUUUUCCAUGUUGUGUUUCUCUGCUGUUUUCCUUUCACUGAGAACAGAGAGAGAGAAAAAAGAAUGAGUAGAAUACUAGAUUUCCUUUUGUCUCAGCGCUACUGUCCUUUAACAUCUGUUUAAACAUCAGCUCAGAUGACGGGUGCACAUGACAACACAUGCACUACUGCCCUGGAAUAACGAGGUUUACAAUUCAGACAAGCCGAUUAUCAUCAGUCACGUUGAGAUUUUACAUUUUCAUUUUCAGGCUCAUGUUCUUUCAUGAAGUCCAACGAAGAUGAAAUGAUACUCACAGCAGCCAGUGAUGUCAAACUACGUAGGAUCACAGACAAUAUCUCUUCGACCUGAAACCAGUUGUGCAUUGUUAGCGCACUUCAUUAGUACAGAGCACCAGACGCGCUCGCUAAUCCAAUCUGCGACAGCCGGUAUUGAACCUGCGCUGCCUUUUCAUUCACUUCUCCGGACAGUCAACACAAUGCAGGUUGGCAUCACGUUGACUCUCAAAACGCAUUUUGGCAGACACUGACCAGCUGGCUGUAAUUAAACAGGACGUGGCUCGGGCUCCAAAACGCAUAAACAUUCUAAGAAUAGGACCUCUGACCUCGAUUAAGCUCCCUGGUCACAUGAUAAAAGUCAGAGUUCCUACACAGACUGAGAAAAAAGCUGAAAAUGAAUUUGAGAGUUGAA